GGUCCCUUUCUACAUAAUAAUCAUAUCACAUCUCCAAAAAUCCCCAAAUCAGUUACUGGCGGGAACCCCAAAUCUUCACUCACACACGACACACACGACACACACACACAGCGACUCCAUGGAAGACGAACCUGAAGUUCCAGACCUAGUUCGUCGAUCGAAACGAGCUAGGGUUCCGACGAAGGCGUAUGAUGGUCAACCGAGUAGGAUUAGAGACGUGUUUGAGUCGGAGGAGGAUUCCGGUGAUGAAUUUGACGUACGGCGGCGGAAACCUAAUAAGAAUCGGACCGGUGAAGCGGUUCCGGCUGCUACGGUGCCGAUAGGUUUUGAGAAUUUGAUCGAGGUGGUUAAAAUGAACGGGAAACAUAUUCCACAAGCAGUGAAAGCGUGGGUUGAACAAUAUGAGAAGGAUCCGAAACCCGCAAUUGUUGAACUCUUAACAAUGCUGUUUGAGGCGUGUGGAGCUACUUAUCGCAUCCAAGGAGAAUUUCUGGAUGAAACUAAUGUUGAUGAUGUAGUGGUUGCUCUUGUAAAUCUGGCUGCACAAGGUAAAAUUGAAGACUAUCAAAGUUCAAAAAAGAAGGAAUUCAGAAGUUUUAAGGAGAACCUUGUGUCUUUUUGGGACAAUUUGGUAUCAGAGUGCCAGAAUGGACCUUUGUUUGACCAAGUCCUGUUCGACAAGUGCAUGGACUACGUUAUUGCUUUGUCAUGUACACCACCGAGAGUUUAUCGACAGGUUGCUUCUUUGGUUGGCCUCCAGCUGGUCACUUCCUUCAUAGGAGUUGCCAAGAUCCUUGGUGCCCAAAGGCAGACUACCCAAAGGCAGUUAACUGCGGAAAAGAAGAAAAACGCUGAAGGGCCUCAUGUUGAAUCACUUAAUAAAAGGUUAUCAGAGUUUCAUGAAAAGAUCACAAUGAUUGAGGAGAUGAUGCGAAAAAUAUUUACAGGGUUGUUUAUGCAUCGUUAUCGAGACAUAGAUCCUGACAUUCGCAUGUCAUGCAUACAAUCACUUGGGGCUUGGAUUGUUUCAUAUCCAUCCCUAUUCUUGCAAGACCUGUAUUUGAAGUAUCUUGGAUGGACAUUGAAUGACAAAAAUGCUGGUGUAAGAAAAGCUUCAGUACUUGCAUUGCAAAAUCUAUAUGAUGUGGAUGACAAUGUGCCAUCUCUUGGACUAUUUACUGAAAGAUUUUAUAAAAGGAUGCUGGAUCUUGCUGAUGAUGUUGACAUCUCUGUUGCAGUAUGUGCCAUCAGUCUUGUUAAACAACUAUUAAGACACCAGUUGGUUCCUGAUGAUGACUUAGGCUCAUUAUAUGAUUUAUUAAUUGACGAUCCGCCCGAAAUUAGAAGUGCCAUUGGGGCACUUGUGUAUGAUCAUGUGAUUGCUCAGAAGUUUAAUAGCUCACAGCCUCGUUCAUCAGGCGAUGAAGGAGAUACAUCACAGAUUCAUCUUCUUAGGAUGCUGCAAAUACUAAGAGAGUUCUCAACGGAUCAAGUACUGAGCCAGUAUGUCAUUGAUGACAUUUGGGAGUUUAUGGACGCCAUGAAAGACUGGAAGCGUAUAACCUCUAUGCUUCUGGAUGAAAACCCCUCAAUUGAGCUUACAGACGACGAUGCUACAAAUUUGGCUCGAUUGUUUUGUGCAUCUGUGAAAAAAGCUGUUGGGGAGAAAAUUGUUCCUGCUGCCGACCACAGGAAGCAGAGCCACACUAAAGCUCAGCGGGAGGUAAUUCAAAACAGCAGGAAGGAAAUAACUGUUACAAUGAUGAAGAAUUACCCACAACUUAUGCGCAAAUAUAUGGCUGACAAAACAAAAGUCCCGUCACUUCUCGAAAUUAUUUCUCACAUGGACCUAGAGCUCUACUCCCUAAAGAGUCAAGAACAGAAAUUUAAAACGCUUCUUCAGCUGAUGAAGGAGGCAUUCUUUAAACACGGUGACAAAGACGCUCUAAGAUCCUGUGUUAAGGCGAUUAAUUAUUGUACAACUAGAAGUCAGGGAGAGCUACAAGAUUAUGCCCAAAAUAAAUUGAAGGAGCUUGAGGACGAGCUUAUUAGUAAACUGAAAACUGCUUUAAAAGAAGUACAGGACGGUGGUGAUGAGUACUUACUUCAUGUGAAUAUGAAAAGGCUGUAUGAGCUGCAGUUAACGAGGCCUGUACCAAUUGAAAGCUUGUAUGAUGAAAUCAUUAAGGUUCUAAAAAAUGUCCAGAACAUAGAUGACGAGGUUGCUAGUUUUCUGCUUCUCAACAUAUAUUUGCAUGUUAGCUGGGGCUUAGACUCGAUUAUGAACAGCAGUACUGUCUCUGAGGCAUCUUUAUUUUCUCUUAUAUCCAAACGGAACGCUUUAUUCGAAGAGCUCGAGCGCUUUUUACAAAUUCCACUUGAAGCUCAAGGAAAGGGAAUUUCUCGAACCCUUGCGUGUAGGGUCUGUGUGAUACUUGCAGAGUUGUGGUGUUUGUUUGGAAAAUCAAACUACGAUUCAACAAAGGCGGCAAGCUUAGGAUACCGUCCUGAUAUUUCUACCCUUGAAAAAUUUUGGAAGCUUUGUGAGCAGCAACUUGAUAUUUCAGAUGAGACCGAAGAUGAAGAUGCUAAUAAAGAAUACAUAGAAGAGUUAAAUCGAGAUGCCGUAAUGAUUGCUGCUGCUAAAUUAGUUGCAACUGGAGCUGUUCCUAAGGAGCAUCUUGCCCCAGAGAUUAUUUCUCAUUAUACCAUGCAUGGGCCAACUGUGGCUGAAGUAGUUAAAUUUCUGAUUGUCAACAUUAGAAAAAAGGACGAAGAUGUCUCUGAGAUAUUUUCGAAGGCACUGAAACAUGCACAUGUACGCUACUUGACCGUACUUGAUACUUACGAUGAAUCCUUAUCUGCCAGAAGACUCAAGGAAUGCAAAGACUUGGCAAGUCGGCUUUCUGGCUUCUUUGUCAGUAUUGCUGCGCGUCAAAAUUCACAAAACAUAAUUUUAAAAAUUGUGAACGAGGGAGUUGCUUACGCCUUCAUGAAUGUACCAGCUCGUCUGUCCUUUUUGACAUGCGCUGUUAUAACUUUUGCAUCCAAACUUUCUAAGAACGAUAUAUAUGGCAUUUUAACAAAUCUUCAAGGCGUAACAAGGAAUGUCAACAUGGAUGAAGAUCCAAGUGGCUGGCGCCCCUACAAAACUUUUGUAGAAAGCUUACGUGAGAAAUAUUCUAAAAAUGAAGAUGAGAGGGAGGUGAGAGAAGGGACGACGGUUAAAAGGGGGCGUGGUCGGCCUCGUAAGAAUCCGAAGAUUGAAGGGAAAAAAUUGUUUGAUGAGAAAAGUUCAAGUGAAGACGAGGAUGAAAUAAACGCGUCUGAUCAUGAUGAUGAUGAAGAAAAUCAAGUGGAUGAAGAUGAUCAGGUGCCUUUAAUACAAUCGAUUCGAGCUUCUGCUAAACUCAGGGCUCUAAGAGUUUCAAGAGAUGAGAACAGACAGCAGACAUCAAAGACACCAGGGGUAGAAAGCUAAGGACAGUCAAGUUAGGGGUUGAAUUAGAAUGAUAUGUAGUUUGUUGUCCAUCUUGUAAUAUUAUGAUAUCUUAAGGUUUUUAGGUUUUAAAUGUUUCGGUCAAACAUGUAUUAACAUUUGCUCUCUAAUGUGGUGGGUUUCAAGAGACAAUAUCAUCUAUUUCCUGUUAAAUAGGAAGGAACCAUAUGUUGAUCACCGACUGUUCCAUAUAAACUCUUUGUUGAACAAAUUAUCGUUUUUUAGUUAAAGAUGUUCAAAUCGCUUGUGGUUU